AUGCCUCCCACAAUCUGGUUUGAAAUUCUUUGGCAGUGCCAAUUAUAUCUUGUGCCUCCGUUAUUCCUCUGCCAACAACAGCAACAUCAGCCCCAUUUAGAACAACAUGUUCUGGCACAAGUGAAGAUGAUUGGCAAACUAUUCCAACCACGAAGUCAGAAUGAGUCAUGGCAAGCUUCACUGCAGCUGCAAGAAAUCAAUGUAUAUGAACGAUAA